AGGAAGUAGCUAAGCUGAAGAAAACAUUGCAGGGAGAAAAGGAAUCGCCUCCCCUGCAUCCUAAGCCAUUCCUUUCCCCCGUCGAAUGUGGAUUCACCCACAAGAACCCAAAAUGGACAAACAAGGAAUCCGAACCAUUUCCCGCACGCCUACUAUAAAUACGCUCUCUCCUCCUGUUGAUCAUCUCACCUUUUUUCUCCGUCAACCAAAAGAAUAAGAAUCCCCGGAAAGUCUCCUCUUCGCCGUCGGUACUAUGUCGUUUCCCCGCCGUCCUCCUGUAGUCGUCAAUGGAGUCAGGAGAAUGAGGACUUUCCAUUACUACUGGUGUCAUGUGUGCCAACGUACGGUUCGGCUCGCGUCUAACAAUCCGUAUGAAACAUCUUGUCCCUUCUGUUUCAACGAACUGCAUAGGGAGCUUGAUAUGUCGAGGCCAAGAUUGGUGGCUAACCUUGGAGGCCGUGCGCCGAAUCGGGCUGUUCAAUUACUUGAUGGCAUGGCUCGACUGCUUGACCCGCCCCCGAUGACGAGGCAGGGUUCUAAUAUUGGCAGGAGGACCGUAUGGGAGACAGAAAGCGGAGAUGGUCCGUUUUCAAGAUCAUGGAUCACGCUUCAAUUCAUCGAACGACCUCGCAGGCUGGGGCUUGUCCAUCCACCAGCAGACCUGGCUCCUAGAGCGAAUUUUAGGAGCAAUGACAUUGAAGAUGAGAGUUCCUUAAACGAGCUUAUCCAAGACUUGACACAGAAUGACCGCCCGGGACCCCCUCCUGCGCCUCCUUCAGCUAUCGAAGCCUUACCAACGAUUGUGGUAACUGAAAAGCAUCUGAGCACUGACCUGCUCUGCCCGGUAUGCAAGGAAGAGUUUGAGAUCGGUGGCGAGGCAAGGGAGAUGCCGUGUAAACACUUUUAUCAUUCGGAUUGCAUCAUCCCGUGGCUGCACAUCCACAACACAUGUCCAGUCUGCCGCUACGAGCUUCGUGAAUCUUCCGGUGAAGAAUUUCCCGAUGACGGCGACGACCAGUCUGAUGUUGAACAAGGUACGAGCAGGAUGAACUCGUGGUGGAGUCACUUGUUUUAUUCGUGGCCAUUCCAAGCAUUCUUGCGAUGGACACAGAGAGCCCUCCAUGUUUCAGAACAGAGGGCAGGCACUUCGGACGGGGGUAGAUCCUGGUGGCAAUCCUGGUUCAUUCUAUAACUUCGUUGCCUAAGGCAAGGGCAUGGCUGCUGCAUCGAUGGUUUGUGUCCUACAAACUCCAUAGCUUAGUUCAUCUCAUUGAAUGGUAAGUACUUGUAUAUACUAACUUCAAGAUAGGACUUCAAUCCAAGAAAUAGAGAAAAGGAGGGGAAAAAAAAAGUAAAAAAAGUUGUUUUGACGGGAUAUCGUGGAGACGUUUCCAAGCAAAAAGAAGGAUAGGUAGCAAGUUAAAUGUUGUUGGGCGGAUAGUAUGGUGCAUCAGGUAGAGCAGAGCAGGAUUUGGAUCUCCAUGGCAUGAAGGGUCAAUAAUUCAACCCUAUCAGCAACUUGAACUUCAAACAGAUAUUCAACCCCAGAAGGAGAACUAUCAUCAGUUGAAACUUACUCAUUAGGAAAGAAAUGUGGAUUAAUAUAAUUUGUGUUGUUAUGGCAAUCGGAUAGAUUUUUCUUCUUAUAAUUCUUAUCUCUACAAUUAUAUUUUUUUUCGAGAUUAGUGAGCAUAUUAAUCUAAGAUUUAUGGAUCUUGACGAUAUUAAAUUAUUAUAAAAGAGAUUUCAAUGUUUAUGGCGUUAACUUUCAGAUUCGGUGUUCAUGCCCUGUAAAUGACAAAAGUGGCCUUCUUUCUUUUCAAUAAAAAAGAUUUAGUGGAAAGCUUAUUGUUAGAGUUUGUUUUAGGAUACUAAUGAUACCAUAGCUUUCGAAAGACAUUGAUUUUUCUUCGAGGGAAUCCACAGCCUCCUCCUGUACAAGUCUCAGAAAUAUUUCUCUUGAGCAAACUCAGAUGAUCUGCAGUGGCUGAUGUUACAUCAUUUAACAUGAACAUAGAACGUUGUCCCUGAGAAGAAAAUUAGGAAAAAGGAAGUUGAAAUGGGAUCUGCCACUAACAACAUCACCAUAAACAUCCCUACGAUAUCUCAACCACUAGCAAAACAAGUAAUCAAAUAAGAACUGGUUUUGUCCGGCGUUGAAGAGUUCUUCUUGCUGCUUUUCGUCCAAUGUGUGCUGUGCUCGUAACAUAGUCCGAGGGAACUUUCCUCGGACCCGGAUUAGAGGACAGACGACACAUCACUGAUUUGGGUAUCCAAGCAUCCUAUUUCAGCAAUGGAGUUGAUUGUCGAGCGAGCAGGACAAACUACUGAUUCCGCUGCGAGUAAUAUGCGGGGAUUAUCUGCAAACCCCACGCCUCCUAGUUACCAUCAGCACUGCCCGUUCCGGCAACUUGGAAAGUUGAUCGUCAGUAGCUCUUCCGGUUCCAUGGCCAUCCAUCUGAUCACCGAUGCCACUUCUCUACGCCUUGGCCACUGUCUUAUCAGUUCCUCCUUCCAGUUUUCUGAUGGAAGCAAAGGUAGAACUGAUGGCACGUCAUCUCCUGAAAGACCCAGAAAGAAAUCCUCCGAUGGUAGACGUAUGACAAACGCGGUUAUUGCUGUCAAUAUCUUAGUAUAUGCUGGACAACUUGCAACUUGGGGGAAACUGCUCUUGGGGAGCUCAGAUGAAUCAUCUCAUCAACAAGGGACAAUGGUGGAGGCUGGCCACAUCAAAUUUCUUAUAUGCGAAUGUCGCACACCUCGUGCUUAAUUGCUGUUGUCUAGAUGCCCUUGGUCCCAAUGUGGAAGCACUCAGUGGCCCCGAAAGAUUUCCAAUGGUUUACGCCACCUCAGCAAUUGCAAGUUCAGCAACGAGUUAUUGGUUGACCAAAGCACCUUCUAUAGGGGCUUCGAGCAAAUUUAGGAUUGGCGAGUCCUCUUGAAAUGUCAUCCAGCACAGUUCGAACCUGCCUUCAUAGACAAAACCGUGAGCCUGCUUUAUAGGAAAAAUUGCUUUGAAGGCUAAUAAUCGUGUAACGGAAAUCUACUUGGAGACUAGCAUUUUCCUUUUCUUCCUCUUGCCUUUCUUCCGGUCAUUGUUAUGCAUCCGGUGCUUUAUUUAGGUUGGUUACAUGGCUGUGUACAUCAUGAGGCAUAGAGGCCUGACCAGAGAUGCCAAUGAAGAUCUGAAGUACAUAGCACGAAUAAUUAUCAUUAACUUCUUCAUUCGGUCCUCGGUUAAAGGUAUCGACUACUGGAGACAUUUAGGAGGAUUUCUUGGCGGCGGGUCGCAUCUUGGCUUCUCGAUCCUGCUGGGAAGCUCGAGCGUAGGUCUAGCGACGGUCGAGAUAUCAUCAACAACAUUAAAGGGAGGGAAGACCCGGCGCAGCCAUAGGUGAAGUGUGAAAUGCCAGCGAUCAAGACGCAACUCCAGCUCCCGGCCCGCCAACUUAUUUAGCAUGUAUUGACCAUGCAAAGUUCUUAUCUGGGCGUGGGAUUUCCCACUGGCUCAAAGGGUUGUACCCGCAUCGAUCCAUCUCUGCUCGUUUCGGGUAACUCUCCGAGCAUGAUCUUAUUUUUACUAAGAGAGUCAUGCCCCGAAAUCUAUGCCUUCGAGAGCGGUCGCGUCUUGUAAUUUAUUACGAGACUUUUUCCCAAGAGGACUGAAAACCGCACACAGAUCACGACACGAUAAAACCUGGGUUGUCUAGCGGAGGGCAAGGAGCAUCAAUUGCCUGUGGGCUGUGAGCCCGUGGCUAAUGAGAUGGAAAGGAGUUGCCGAGUUAUCAAAAUAAUCUAGCUUUGUACUCUAAAAUUGUGAUGAGCUGUUGCCCUUUUAGCUGUGCACUUUAUGCGAGAUAAAAGAUAA